GAAAUGGACACCUAUAGGUACCAUGGUCACUCCAUGUCUGAUCCUGGAAGCACGUAUCGUACGCGUGAUGAGAUCUCUGGUGUGAGACAGGAGCGUGAUCCAAUUGAGAGAAUAAGAAAGCUGAUAUUGGCUCAUGAUAUUGCUACUGAAAAAGAGCUCAAGGAUACUGAGAAGGAAAUAAGAAAAGAAGUGGAUGAAGCCAUUGCUAAGGCCAAGGAAAGUCCAAUGCCAGAUCCGCCUGAACUCUUCUCAAAUAUUUAUGUCAAAGAUUCUGGACUUGAGGUAUAUGGUCCAGAUAGGAAAGAAGUCAGACUUACGCUUCCUUGAAUGAAACCCGACGGGGAAAAUUUCUCGUUACUGACAUCUUCCCUGCCUUUUUGUUCUCGCCUAAACGGACCACAAUCAUCCUUUCUCCUGGAAAAGAAGGGGGGGAAAAAGAAGCAAUAAAUGAUUGAGUGAAGAUGUUUUUCUCAUCUGGUUAAAAUUCCAUUAUUUUCUUUUUUGUAUAGGAUAUUGAUUCUUCUCAAGAAUUGGGGCGGAAUGGUUGAAUUCCAGCCUUUGUACUUUUGCGGUGAGCCCAUAACCUUUUGAUUGAUAAUGAGUGUGCUUUUGAUCCUCCAA